CUGUAUAAAAAAAUAUACAGUUUAUAUUUCACAUGUUGACCUGUUGUGCAUGUAUUUUGAUACGGAAUAUCAUUUUAUAACACAUUAAAUUAUGCUAUACAAUGAGAUGAGAUCCCAGCUGCUGCAUUGUCUUGAUGAGUGGAUAACAGGCUCACUCUGAGGAACAGCGGGAAAGCUGCAACACUACUGCCGCGAAACAUAGCUCAAUUCACCCGCCGAAUGGCGAUGCAGAAAGUCUGUUAACAGCUUCUUCCCAUGAACACGGCUGCCACAAGCGAGGAGUUUAUUAGGACGCUGCAGAAAUGCAGCAGGAGCGCUGUUCUUCCUCCGACAGGCCUCUGGAUCCCGGCUGUCUGCUGGAACGCGACGCCGAGCGGAGCGCGGACCGGCUCGGUUGCGCGGCGGUGGAUUUCCCGGUAGCUGUAGUUCUUCCCGCCGGUGGCUCUGGGGAAAGAAUGGGACUGGCCACACCGAAACAAUUCUGCACCAUUCUCAACAGACCUCUGAUAAGCUUCACGAUUCAAGCGUUUGAGAGAUUAUCAUGGAUUGGAACUGUUGUCGUUGUGGUUGCUAAGGAGAAUCAUGACUUGAUGCUGAAUAUUGUCCAGAAAUUUAAUCACACAAAGGCAAAAGUAGUCCACGGGGGAACCACCAGACACAGGUCAAUCUUCAGCGGACUUCAGGCCUUCAGCAGCACUACAGACUCACUGACGCCCAAACCAAAAGUGGUCAUCAUCCAUGAUGCUGUACGGCCCUUUGUGGAAGAAGAUCUUUUGUUGAAAAUCACCCUAGCAGCUAAAGAGCAAGGGGCCUCGGGAGCGAUACGUCCUCUGGAGUCCACAGUCAUUGCAACCACGUCAGAGGGCUACCUGGACCACUCGCUGGAGAGAGCAAAGUACAGAGCCAGUGAAAUGCCGCAAGGAUUUCUUUAUGACAUUAUUUUCCAGGCCUACCAGCGGUGCAGUGAAUUUGACUUUGAGUUUGGCACCGAGUGCCUACACUUGGCCCUGCAGUACUGUGGCACGAAUGCAAAGCUCAUAGAAGGACCACCGACUCUGUGGAAAGUAACAUACAAGCGAGAUCUAGCAGCUGCGGAGGCUAUUAUUAAAGAGACUCUUUCAAUGUCAGCAUGUAUCAUCGCAGGAGCUGAAGCAGAAGCCGUUGAGUUGGCCAAAGCACUUCAGAAAAAUCUGAACAUGAUGGAGACAGACGUCAUUCCAUGUGCAAAGGAAAGUCAUACAGAGUACCUGUCCAAAACCCGAAACUUUAUUCACAUAUCUACGACUGCAUCAAACUUCUUGGGGACCCUGGACAUGGCGAAACGUUUUGACCACGCUCGUUUAUACCCAGUAGUUGUUGUUUGGCGUUUAAAGAGAGAGUCCAACAUCACAUGUGGGUUUUUCCUGAUGAAGUCCAAUCCUCACAUUGAGAAUCCAUUAGUCCGCUAUAGGAAGAAACCUCCCAAGCCCCCUAUUAAGCACAGGGAGUCUCCAGCACUCUGGGAUUUGGCCUUCGUCAUAGGCACCAACAGCGAGAAUGAAGCCAUUAAAUCAUAA